GUAGUAAACAGCUACCACGGCCCGCCUGGUUGCAACAUUGGGGUAGCUUGUACUUACUUUGCUGGUCGACAUGGUUUUAGACCAAACGAUGUGGAAAUGUUCUAUUACACUGGCMAGACAAGAGGACUUCAGAAUUCCACCAUCCUCACUGACUACGGUAAMGACAGCUACGUGAAGACUCUGGAACUCUUUAUAGAUACCACGUUGCAUCAAUCCAAUCCGAGCCAAUGGGUGAGAUGCUGGCACGCUGCUGAAGAUGGAUGGGAUACUCGAUUCACAUUCCAUCCUCAGUGUAACGGAAAGAAAGCCACGGUGACGAUAGUCCGUGUUGGUCAGAACGUGUUUGGUGGAUUCACMGAUAAAUCCUGGCAUAGUGCUGGAUUGUACACCAAGUCAUCAACAUCUUUCCUAUUCUCACUGUACAACUCCAAAGGAUAUCAACCCAUCCAGUUGAACCUAACAAGACCAAACCACCAGCAGUAUGCUAUAUAUGGCAAUGCAGCAUAUGGACCAACAUUUGGUGCCGGACAUGACCUGCAUAUUGCCAGUCUUGCCACAACUAAUACAAACUCAUAUACCAAAGUGAAUAGCUACCAUCCCCCUCCUGGUUGCAACAUUGGGACAGCUUGUACUUAUUUUGCUGGAAAACAUAAAUUUACUCCUGACGACGUGGAGGUGUUUUAUUACGASAACGAAACUCGAGGGUUAGAGAAGUCUGCGAUUCUUGCACAUCAUGGCAAUGAUUCMUAUGUUAAGAUCCUGACAGGCUUCUUAGACAAUACGUURCUACAUUCAACUUCAAGCCAUUGGRUSAGAUGUUGGCACGCCGCUGAAGAUGGAUGGGAUACUCGAUUCACAUUCCAUCCUCAAUGUAACGGAAAGAAAGCCACGGUGACGAUAGUUCGUGUUGGUCAGUACGUGUUUGGUGGAUUCACCGAUAAAUCUUGGCACAGUGUUGCAGCCUAUACCAAGUCAUCAAUAUCCUUCCUAUUCUCGCUGUACAACACCAAAGGAUAUCAACCCAUCCAGUUGAACCUAACAAGACCAAACCACCAGAUUUAUGCUAUAUAUGGCAAUGCAGGAUAUGGACCAACAUUUGGAUUGGGAUUGCAUGACCUGCAUGUAGCUAAUCUUGCCAUAAAUAAUGCAAAUUCACAUACGGUAGUAAAUAGUUACCAGGUCCCGCCUGGUUGUACCAUUGGUGCAGGUUGUACAUAUUUCUCUGGCUCACAUACCUUUACCCCGAAUGAUGUCGAGACAUUUUACUACCACGAAGAGCACACAGAUUGAUACAGACGUUUACGGCCAAUAAACCCAUUUUKUUUUCAAGCACAUAGUUGAUACAUUUGCGCGAUGAACGUCGCUAGAGUAGCCUGUUUACAGUUGCGAUGUUUGCGGUCUUUUGAUACAAGAGAAUAAUGCUAAAGAAUUAGCUUGUAAAGUUUUAUUCAGGGAUACUGAGAUGAGCUAAUAAACUAAACGUCUCUUCACGAGGAUAACACAAAAUCUAUUAUAUCUACUAUCUAUUAUAGUUUUGCAUCUUUUUUAAUGAUUAUUCAUUAAACAGCACUUGAAUGAUAUACCACAAUAUGGCGUUCUGGCUUCAGCACCGAGGAGGAUCUAUAUUACGACUUCCAUAUAUGGUUGUAUAUAUUUGUGUACAAGUUUUAAAAUGCAUAAAAUUA